CUACACCUUCCCACACUCACACAAAACCUUUCUUUCUUCACUCCCUCCAAUUUCUUCUUCUUCUUUCUCUUUCUCUCUCCAACGAAAUUUUCACUCUUCUCUCCAAUGUCGAAUUUCAUGUCCAACACCAAUCAAAACCCUAACAAAUCAAUCGAGGUGAAUCAGCCUCCAACUGAUUCUGUUUCCAGUCUCAAUUUCAGUCCUAAAUCUAACCUACUCGUCGCUACUUCGUGGGAUAAUCAGGUUCGGUGCUGGGAGGUUGCUCGUGAUGGAGCGAAUGUUGCUACUAUGCCUAAGGCUUCUAUAGCACAUGAUCAUCCGGUUUUGUGCUCUGCUUGGAAGGAUGACGGCACGACUGUCUUCUCUGGUGGAUGUGACAAGCAAGUGAAAAUGUGGCCCCUGUUGUCUGGAGGACAACCAAUUACUGUAGCCAUGCACGAUGCACCCAUAAAAGAUAUUGCUUGGAUUCCUGAGAUGAACCUUUUAGCCACAGGAAGCUGGGACCGGACUAUAAGGUAUUGGGAUACAAGGCAGUCAAAUCCAGUGCACACACAACAACUCCCAGAGCGCUGCUAUGCAAUGACAGUGAAACAUCCUCUGAUGGUAGUAGCCACUGCUGAUAGAAAUCUUAUUGUUUACAACUUGCAAAAUCCUCAGGUUGAAUUCAAGAGAAUUGUUUCACCAUUAAAGUAUCAGACAAGGUGCCUUGCUGCGUUCCCUGAUCAACAAGGUUUCUUGGUGGGAUCUAUUGAAGGGAGAGUUGGAGUGCACCAUUUGGAUGAUAGUCAGCAGGCUAAAAACUUCACUUUCAAGUGUCACAGAGAGGGGAAUGAAAUAUACUCUGUCAAUUCUUUAAACUUCCAUCCUGUACACCAUACAUUUGCUACUGCCGGUUCUGACGGCGCUUUCAACUUCUGGGACAAAGAUAGUAAACAGAGGCUGAAGGCCAUGUUAAGAUGCAGCCAACCUGUUCCUUGCAGUAGCUUCAACAAUGAUGGUUCAUUAUAUGCCUACGCAGUCUGCUAUGACUGGAGUAAAGGGGCAGAAAAUCAUAAUCCGGCAACAGCAAAGACCAACAUUUUCCUGCACUUGCCACAGGAAUCUGAGGUCAAGGGAAAACCACGCAUUGGUGCGACUGGGAGAAGGUAGAAGACGCAGUUCUGAGAUACUGUUGGUGGGGUGUGCAUAUUUCAAAGAUAUUAUCAACAAAUGCAUAGUGAUAUCUUUCAGUGUAUGUAUAUAUGUAAAAGAAUGCAUGUAUGGUUUUGCAUGUGUGCAUUUUCUUCUUCCAGUAAUCAACAAGAGGUUUUUUCAUGACUCUGCAAGACUAGAACUUUUUGGUGUCAAAUUUUGUGUAUAUAGAAAGUUUGCUGUUAAGCAGUAAAAAUACUUUACCUUCUAGUUCAGGCAUCUUUAUUUGUGAGAA